UUGACAGUUCGUGUCAACAAAAUUUUGAUAUUUGCCUUUAUCUCAAAAAUGAAUGGUAAAGUUUUGGAAGUUGGUUCCACAAUAAAUAUCGAGAGAAGUGAUGGUAGAAUCCAUGCAGCCAUUGUAGCUAGUAUUAACUAUGACUUGGAUAUUGUUGGAGUCGAGUGGUUUGAAGCGGGCGAAACAAAAGGCAAAGAAAUUGAAUUUCAAUGUGUGACCACAUUAAACCCCCACCUUUGUUCCAUCGUUAAGCCCGAAAUCCAGCGCUUCACAGAAAGUACCUCAGAAAUUACAUUAGCAAAUAAAACUAAGAAACGUCAAUCGAUAGCCGUUUUUAAUAAUCGUGUGAAAUCGUCAAAGUCGAGAAUGACCCAAGAUAAUUUAAGUUGUGGCCAGAAAAGCAAAAAUUCGCACAAAUUGAAGGGCCCCCAAACCUCCAGAUCGGUUAUAGAGCAUAUUUCGCACCCAUACGAGGGUAGCGUUGUAAAAAAAAUCGGAAAAAUGGAAGUAGAUCGAAUGGAAAGGCGGAAGAAACAAGCAGAAUGCAAAGCUGAAAAAGUUGAACUGAAUAAAAAAAAUGCUCAUAAUCCACAUUGGGAGUUGAAUCAGAUGAUUUCAGAUUAUUGUAAAAAGCUGCACUUUCAGCCUUUGACGAUGGACGAUGUUAUUGAGGAUCGAUUGAUAACCGUGUGUGUGAGAAAGAGACCUUUGAAUAAGGGAGAACACGAUAAGAAAGAAGUUGAUGUCAUAACAGUACCAAGUAAAAACCAGCUAAUCGUCCACGAACCAAAAAGUAAAGUAGAUUUGACUAAAUACCUCGACAAUCAUUUAUUCAAGUUUGACUACACUUUCGACGAAAAUUGCAGCAACGAUGUUGUGUAUAGAUACACUGCGCAGCCUCUGAUUAAGACCAUUUUUGAAGGAGGAUUCGCUACGUGUUUUGCCUAUGGUCAGACGGGUUCCGGUAAAACUUACACGAUGAGUGGUGACGUAUCCAGAAAUAACUUAAAUAAAGGCAUUUAUGCAAUGGCAGCUACAGAUAUAUUCCACUUAAUUGCCUCUCCAAAGUACAAACACUUAAACUUAAUCGUCACGUGUAGUUUUUUUGAGAUCUACUCCCGAAAAGUUCUCGAUUUGUUGAAUCAUAAAGCUGAUUUGAAAAUCUUAGAAGAUGGCAGGCAACAAGUCCAGGUUGUGGGUUUGACAGAAACCGUUGUUUCUACCGUUGGUGAAGUUCUCGCUUUAAUCACCGAAGGUACCACCGCUAGAACUUCAGGGCAAACUUCAGCCAAUGAGAACUCUUCCCGCUCGCACGCCAUUUUUCAAAUGUAUUUGCGACCUUGCAAGAAAUUCAACUCCAUUCAUGGCAAAUUUUCUCUGAUCGACUUGGCUGGUAACGAACGUGGUGCCGACACUUUAUCUUCCACCAAAACAACAAGAAUGGAAGGAGGUGAAAUUAACAAAUCGCUUUUGGCUCUAAAAGAGUGCAUUCGAGCCUUGGGCAGAAAAAAGGCCCAUCUGCCCUUUAGACUAAGUAAACUGACGCAAGUUCUGCGCGACUCCUUUAUCGGUACUAACUCUAAAACGUGCAUGAUUGCCAUGGUUUCGCCUGGAGUGAGUUCUUGUGAGAAUACUUUAAACACGCUUCGGUACGCGGAUCGGGUUAAGGAGUUGGGAGGAGGCGAUCUUCAGCAGUUGACCACUAUUAAUGAAAAAAAUGAAAUAAUUUCUUUCAGUUCCGAGGAGGAGAUGUUUAAACAAAGCAAUUUUAUGGAUGAUUAUGAGGAACUGAAAGUCGUGAAAGAACAGGUGGCGAUAUCUCAUAGAGAAGCGAUAGAUAAAUUGCAAGAGGCCAUGAAAGAAGCGAAGCAUUUGGUUAAAAGUAUUGAGAAUGACCCAGAGAAGUAUUGCAGACAUUUUGAAGAGUUUAUAGAUGACACUGUGGCUUUCUUGUUGAAUGUUAAGAAUAGUGUCAUUGAAUAUAAAAUGAAGCUGUCAGUUUUGGACUAAUUUUUCAUAAUAAAUUUUCUGGCAAAGAAGUUUUAUGUUGUGGUAUUGUUCAGAAAGGUAAUGGUGUCCCCAUGAGCGAAAAAAGUGCAUGAAUAAAUUGUACUAGGGUCCUUAUAACAGUACAAAAGUUAGGCUAAAAAUACAGAUAUAAAGUUUGUCUAGAAUUAUAAGAAUUUUAUGGACUCCCAAAGGUGCCCAAAGUUAAUCCGUUUUACAGCUCUGUUGUCAAUUUUAUUGUACAGCUGAAGAGCGGGGCGAAUCCGGGUACAGGAAACAUCGGCUUUCCACUGACAGGCUCUUUACGUAUACAACAGAAUUGACAUUGAUAGUCCAUAAAAUUCUUAUAAUUCUGGAUAAACUUUACAAGGUAAUUUUAAAAGGUUGUGUAUCAAGUUGGUUUUUGAAAAUGCGUGAAUUUUGAUAACCCAACUUUCUUCCUUCAUGUUAUGUUCAACUCGAAUUGAUUGUAUGUCAAGGAAACGGCAAAUUCUUAUUAAAAAUACCCUGAGAGAUUUUUUAAAACCACCGUGACGUACGACUUUUUAUGACCACCUAUAACCACAGGUAUUGGAGCAUGCCACUAUAAAUUUCAAAUGAGGUGUACUUAAGUACUUAAUUAAUGCCCAUGGUAAAUUAACGGAGGUUACAGUUAUACAACAAAGUAAAAGCUACAUAUUUAUUAAACCUAUUGCUACUUUAAACCAUAAGACCAUUUAAUCGAAGUUAAUGGACUUUAAAAUAUUAUCAAAAUUUUGUUUAAAAAUGUCUGCUAGUUGAGAGCUUUCAAAUUCAAACUGACUAUUUGAAUUUUGCCCAGCUGCAGUAGCUAAAGUUUCAAAUAUUUUUUCGACGUUUCAAAACUCCUAGAAUAUGAAAAAUUAGGUCUGGGAUGUUUGUUGUGGAAUUUUGGAUGUGUUUUAAGAAUACCGUAUAGAUAGGCUAAGCAAAAUUGGGUGACGCCAUUACAAAGUCUCAUUUAAAAUGUGCAAAAUAAUUUUCUUUUACUUCCAUGAUUUAUUAAAUUGGUUGUACGCAUGUAGAUUUUUGAAAAAAAAAAAAGAAAAAGGAAUAACUAUA